UGAGAGGAUGUGGUGUUCUUUGAUGAUCCCCACUUUUCUAUUCCUGAGCUUCUUUUCUGUGGGAUUGGCCCCAAAUCCAGGAUCAGCCACCAAUGAAAAUGACAACUACCCCCCUUUUUGGGACCAGAUUAAUGGGGACAUAGCAGAAUUUCCAGUACAGAAUAACAAGAUAAUCGUUGAUCUUUGGAAAUAUAUGGAUAGACUAAAAAUAUAUAAGAUCCUUAUAACAGAAUCAAACAAAUAUUUUGCUUUAUUUGGAGAAAACACUAGAGGCAAUGUACUCUGGGCACUGACUUUAUUUUAUGGAAAGCUAUUUAAAACAGAUAGAUUUUCAGCGCCUCUCAACAGUUCAAUGUGUGCUUAUGAGGCUGGAGGCUCCAGCUGCAUAUCUAUCGACAGUGGCUGGGGAGGCUUUAACCACUAUGUGAUUAUUCUAAAUUUCCUUGGUGCAAUUGAAUCUGAGUUUUUGGGGAAUUUGCCAUAUGAGGUAGAGUUAAUAUCUCGAGAGGAGUACAGAUCUAACUUCUGUUAUUCAAUUGAGGAAUGCCGUGCAUCUUAUCCACAAGCUAUGGAUACAGCCAAUCGAUUUUAUAAGUACCUGCAGUCCAGAAAGAUGGUUUCCACUAUCAAAGAUAUUCCUCAGUAUGACACAGAUGAGGACACAGCAAUCCGUUACAUGUGGGAGCUCCAUCAAGCUGCCAUUGAUAUUGCAAAACCGAAGCUCAGUGAUGAAUCACUCUAUUCUUCUAAAACUGAACGAGACUUCUCCUUGGACUUUCUACUUGCCAUGGAAUUUUGUGAGGCAGCAUUAUAUCGCCCAUACUUUGAAAGUUCAGCAGAAUUCCUAGUGGGUUUCCCACAUAGGCUACUCACAGAUCAAGAUCGUGAUAUUCUCAUAAGUAACCUCAGCGUACGGGAAAAAGCACUUCUGAAUGCAGUAAAACUCAUUUCGGAAACAAAUAAAAUCACAGGAGGUUUAUUUUUAACAACUUGGAAGAUGGCUAUGAAUUCAGAAUUUGCACGGGCCGCAGGACGAUUCCUCAUUAAAAGGCUACUCUCAAUACCAAGUCUUUAGUAGCCUAAAUUUCUGCUGUUAUAUGUUGAUCAAUUUAAUUCCAUGAAUAGAAGCAAUGACAUGUUAUAGUGAUUAUUUUAUGAAAACUUUUUGGUUAUUAUCCCCGUUUCACCUUUGUAUUUUCAAAGUUACCAGCCAAUAAUCCCCCCUGCCACCCUCAGAAUUCAACUAUAGGUGGAAGCCUGAUUAAUCCCAUAAAAUGCCUGAGUUACACAUGAAUAUGUAAAUAUCUAUGUCAAAGGCAAGUUAUACUGUUCAAGGUUUUGAUAUUUCUUUCAAUGCUCACUCAUAGAUUGCCAGGUAAGCGAGGCAAAUUCUUCUCUAAUAGGUCAUCCCUACAAGAUACAACUUUGGGCACUGAAGAGAGAUUUCAAGUAAUUUAUAUUCUAGGACUGAACUCAAAGUGCCUUGCCAUAUGAGCACAAUUAUCAAUCCAUGUAGUA